AUGGUGGACUUGACGAGAUGUUCUUUUGCCUUCACCUUCCUGCAAUUCUUGUUGCUGUCAGUGGGUGAGGCUUCCAACAGCAGCAAUCCUUACAGCCCAGUCCCAACCGCGACUCUUGCGCCUGGCAUUGGACUCGAUGGCAGACCCGUCAACACGCUGAUUACUGCCAACCUGACGACGAAGGACGAUGCCUACAAUCCCUUCAAUCCGUUCCAUGCCCUUCCUGCGUUCGGAAAACAAGUGAAGAAUGCCUUCAAGUGUCCGUUUGCGACAUGCACACAGGAUGUGGUCACGGAGGACGGGGAUGACGCAGUUGACGACAGUGACUAUCGCAUACCUGCCUUCCUGAUAAUGCUCAUCAUAUUUCUAGCGUGGCACUCAGGAAUCUUGAUUUCAGUUUCAGUUUCCGAGUCGCCUGCGAUGUCUUCUUUGACUUGGGGGAUGCCGGGUCCUGUCUUCGAACACGAGUGCCGUGUGAUUUCACACUUGUUCUUGCUUUGUUGGAGGAGCAUGAUGUCUUCAAAACCAUUGUCAACAAGUUUCAGUCCGCUAUUUGGAGCUCAGGCGGCGCUCAUCUACAUUACAGACUGCCGGAUGAAGCAGAUGUGCGCUGCGGGCUCAGGGCAUUGUCCAGCUCAAUCAUACCUUUGA